GGUGUUAGUUCAUACACGCAUUCAUUAUGAUCGUAAUGAUCUACAAUGCUUAGGUCUGUCACAUAGUACUGGUAGUGCAAGUAAUCGUGUCAGAAUGGCCUCGCCAACAAUGCCAAUGGCCGAAAGCUUGCCUCACCAUGCCACUGUUGUUUUUCUUGGACACCACCAGUCCGGCAAGAGCACGACUGCCGGCCACAUGGUCGUGAACUUGGGCGGACAUGACAAACGUACUUUGGAGCGUGUCGAAAGGGAGACUAGUAGUCGGCCCGUCUCGCGCUACUCGUGGGUUCUUGACCGACAACGCUUGGAGCGUGAACGAGCCAUGACCGUGAACCUCAAGCUCUGUCGGGUGGUGGUGCCGCCGACCCACAUCAGAACAACACCCUCCCCCUCCGCGGCGACCAUGUCAACUCCCACAGCUACAGAUCCCGCCUCCAACACCGCCUCCUCCUCACCAGCAGCAGCAGCAGCAGCUGGCAGCGGCGUAACAGCUGGACCCGCAGCUGUGGCGCUGACCCUCAUCGACACCCCGGGCCACCCGGACUACCUACGAAACACCAUCGCAGGUGCCACGCAGGCGGAUGUUGCGGUGUUGCUGGUAGACAGCCGACCCGCGGUGCUGCAGUCGCAGCUAUGGCAGGCGCAGACGCGCGACCUGGCGCUGCUGGCAGCCAACAUGGUCAACCAGAAGGCGCUGGUGGUGGCAAUUAACCAGCUUGACGCGGCCUACGAUGCGGAGGGGCCGGGGCGGGGCGAGGAGCGCUACGCAGAGGCCGUCCGGGCGGUUAGCGAGCUGCUGAAGCCGCACCUGAAGAAGAGGGUGGAGGCCAUCACCUUCGUGCCCGUCUCCGGCUACAUGGGGGACAACCUCACGGAGCCCUCCGUCGCCCGCAUGCCCUGGUGGGCGGGGAGCACACUGCUGGGGGCCGUCCUCAGCGCGGCGGCGGCGGCGGGGGCGGCGAGUGCGUCGUCGUCGUCAUCGGCGGCGGCGGCGACUGACAUGCCACUUCGGUUGCCGGUCAUUAACAUCUACAAAGUUGGCGGCAUCGGCACCGUCCCGGCGGGGCGCCUGGCCGCCGGCCGCCUCCGUCGCGGCACCCCCGCGCUGCUGCUGCCGCCCGGCAUCAGCGCGCACGUGCGAUCCGUCGAGUCCUUCCAUGAGCCCCUCCUGGGCGCCGGGGGCUCCUCAGCUGCAUCCACUGCCGCCGCCUCUGCCGCCGCCACCGGCGGCAUGGCGGCGCCAUCUCCGUCUACAUUGGAAGCCGCGCAGGGCGGCAGUGGCGCCGGCGGCGGCAGCAGUACGGCAGCAGCAGCCGGCGGUGGAGGUGUUUCAGCAGCGGGGCCGGCAGCAGUAGCGGGUGAUUUCGUGGGGUUUGCGAUCAAGGGUGUGGGCGUGUCGCAGCUGCGUCGGGGCUGUGUGGUGUCGGAUGCGGGCGACCGGCCGGCGCGGUUGGCGGCAUCGUUCACAGCUACAGUGCAGAUCUGGCGUGACCCGACUUCCAAGCGAGAAGGCAAGGCCCGUGCUAUACGCCCCGGCUUCACGAUGGUGGUUCACGUGCACACGGCCCAGGUGGCCUGCAGGCUGGAGGGCAUUGUGAAGAAGCUCGUCUCGAAAGCCGACGCUGCUGAUGAGGCCCUCGCCUGCCUGCGGGAAGGUGAAACCGCGGUGGUGGAACUGCGGCCGCUGCGACCGCUUGUCGUGGAGCCGUACAGCCAGAUGCCCCACAUGGGCAAAUUCGUGGUGCGGGCAGCCAUGCGGGAGGCGUGGGGAGCUCAGGUGAUGGCUCCGGUGCUCGUGGCGGUGGGGAGAGUGGAGUCUGUCAAGUACGUGGGAGAUGAGGAGCAGUCGCGGGCGGCGGCACCCAACGGCGACAGCAACAAGGCAGACGAGCGCGAGGGGAAAGCAGCCGCGACGCAGGAGGCAGUAGAGGAUGGGCGAGGUGCAGGGGAUGCAGGGUCGGCAGUAGCGACGGGGGAGGCAGGGGAGCGGUCGUCGUCACCGGAGGAGCAGGCAGGAGGGGUUGAAACCGUUGUGAUCGACAUGACUUGAGGGCGGGGCUCUCCGGGGCUCACCUCCCAUGCAAGCAGCAGCCGCAGCGUGUAAACUUCUGGUACUGCCGUACCAUUAUAGUGGCGCAUGCAACAACACUUUUGGUUCCUACACAGGGGCGUGAAUUGCUGUGUUCUUCUCAUGAACGGGGUGUGACUCACCGUGUUCGCAUGGAUAGAGGAAGGAACCGAGCUGCGUGUGUUGCGUGUGGCGAGUGUCAGAUUGAGCGUUCCGCUGGGGAUCCUCGCCGCGCGCACAUGGGCAGAUGGUUGCUCGCUCAUGGAAUUCAUGCCCUUUCUAGCCGAGCACGAAUGGGUUGCUGGAAGCAAGGAGCAUACGGCUGCGUCAUCCACAAUGUAAUGUGUUGUGGCUGCACUGCGGGUUUGCAGACAGGCACC